AUUAAUCUGUUCAAGUGGGUGCGAUUCCAGAGAUUUACAUGUACAGUGUUUAAUCUAAAAUGCACGGGGCAGAAUGAUCACACACAAACGUUAAAAAGGGCUGUGGUCCAUAUCUUUGUGUAAAAAUGCUCUAAAUCGUCAAUUUUGACUGAAAUGUUUUGAAAAGCACAGUUGGGAACGUUAUUGAUCAGAUUUUUUGGCGAAUUUACUGCGUUGCGAUGUCUAACGAGGAAUCUAGUGUGGAAGAAAGUGUGACACUGGAAAGAGACAGCAGUUCGGAGACAGUGAUAUCUCCUGAUGUACUCCGAAAGGAGAGACAGAGAUUGGUCAUCAAGGCCACACCUUACACCAGUCAAAUACGGAAGCCAAAGUGUCUCACGGACGACCAAUUCGCAGAUAUCUUGUACACAUUCACACUACUCGACGCCAAUAAAGAUGGCCGCUUAUCCCGACAGGAGCUGAAAAAGGGAGCCUUUCUGAUGGGGAUGAAUCCAACAGAUAGUGAACUCAGGGCGUGGUGGAAGGUCACAGACAAAAACAAUGACGGCUUCAUUGACGUUUACGAAUAUCUUGACGUCAUGAAGUCCAACUUCAACACCUUAGAUAUUGAGAAGGAAAGACUAAUGACCGCGUUUAGAGUGAUUGAUAAGAAAGGGGAUGGGCGCAUUUUAAAAAAAGACUUCAUUAGCAUAUUGACAUGUAACAACAGCUGUAUCACGCGAGAGGAGGCGGACAAAAUGUUUACUGAGGCUGAUUCUCUGGGGAAGGGAUACAUCGGCUAUGAAGUAAGUGGCAACGCCAAUGGUCAGUGUAAAACAGAACCUCCAGGCAUGGGAACCGUACAGGAACAACUACCCCUCCCGGACACAACCAGACUAGCGGGCCAGAGGAGGAGAUCUCGGAGGAAGGAGUCGCUCUCUGCGUGUCUUCAUGGGCCCCGCAAACCAAAGGGUCUGUCUGAGGAACACUUCAGAGAGAUAAUGAAUUCUUUUCAAAUCAUCGACACAAAUGAGGAUGGUCGGAUCUCAAAGCAGGAGUUACGGAAUGCCGCCUUCCUGAUUGGUCUUAAUCCUACAAAACGUGAGCUAGAGGCCUGGUGGCGUGAAGCAGAUACCAAUAAUGACGGCUUUAUAAGUGCCGAUGAAUACGUUAACGUCAUGAAGGCCAACUAUGUGUCAAUAGACAUCGAACGAGAGAGGAUGAUCGCCGCUUUCAGUGUGUUCGACGUUAAUGGCGACGGUAAAAUAACUCUAGAGGAGAUAAGAAAUGUGCUGAAAUAUAAAGACGACUCUCUGUCUACUGUGGACAUCGAGACAUUGUUCAGGGAAAUAGACGCCUCCAACCAGGGGUAUAUUGACUUUACAGAUUUCGUGAAUUCUUCCCUGUGUACUAAGGUAUUCUAAUCCAAGAGGAAUUGUCUGUUACCCUAACAUUCAACCGAACACCGCUGGAUUGUAAAUGCAUCACAAGAAUAAAUACUUUGAGGAAUGAUUUCCGUUUGUGAUAAAGUAGAAGGGCUGUCCUUGACUUGUUCCUGGUGGAGUGAUAAAGCAGUGUGUCCUUGACCCUGCGGGGGAGAGGACUGUUUGUAGCGGUGUCCUGAAUAAAAGAUGUCACCGGGGGACUAAAGGUUAAAGUACCUGAGCAUGCUCAGUAUAGGGCCAGGGAUGAUAGUGACAAACAGACAUUUACUGCAAAACUCAUGUAUCAAAUAUAUGUUUAUUUACAUGAAUCAUUGUUUAUACUUGUAUCAAUUGAAGACACAUUUUCAUUUAUCUGAAUAAACAGAAGUAAAAAGUAAACAAACUCUAUUAAACAAAUAUGUGCAAUAACACUAUAAAGGGUAAAAUAACAAAACAAAUACCAUUCCCUAAUACAAGACUGCAUUACCUUAACAUGUUUUUGUUAUGAAAUGAAUGUACUGA